CAUUUUUGUGAUACUUUGUUUAUAUAUUUUUCUUUACAAAUUAACAUUAUUUAACAUUAUUAAUAUUAUUUUUUGUUUAAAGUUCAAUGCCUGAUUUAAUACAAAUCUAGGUUAAGCCACGUUUUUGAAGUAAAAUGAAAUCAGAAAAAAGUUUGGUUGUGAUCUUGAACAAAGUUGAAGAUUGUGGGGUUGUAAAAGGGAGUAUUACGCGUAAAGCAUUCCAAGAUAAAUCAAAUUUGCAUUUCAAUAUGGCCAAGACCAAGGAAGAGGCAGUUGUUAAGGAGGUUUCAAAGGAAAAUUUAGUAAAAAAAGAUGUCUUGGGGAAAAAUAAAAAACAAUCAAUCAUUACUAAAAUUCAAACACGAAGGGCAAGAUUGAGGUCAAAUGUUAACAAAAAUGAAGAAAACAUUAAAGUAAUUGUGACAAAAUCUAAUUUAUCACCAAAUAAAACCAUCAAUGAACAAAACACUAAAAAUUUGAUCACCGAAAUUCAAACACGUACAAGAUCAAGCUCAAAUAUAAAAGAAAAUAAGGAAAAUAAAAGUGUAACUGUAUGUAACUUAAAUUCAUCACAAAAUAAAGCCACAAAUAAACAAAUGACAAAUGUAAUCAACACCAAAUUUCCAACACGAAGGACAAAAUCAAGGUCUAAUACUAAAGAAAAUGAGGAAAAUAAAAGUUUGAUUGUAUACGAAUCAAAUUUAUCAAAGGGUAAAGUCUCAAAUGUCCCAAAUAGUUGUAAUAAACACAAUAAAGUUAACAAAAUACUUCAAGUUGAGAUUAACAAUGAAAAUCUAGUUAAAAUACGUCAAAAAUUAAGUACUGGGGUGGAAAAAAGACUUCAAGUGGAUAUUAUGAGAGAUAAUCUAGUUAAAAAGCAAGCAAAACUAAUAGAAACUGAACAAAAAGUUUUGCCACAGAAAAAGGGAAUAAAAAGUACAAAAACUACAGAAAAUGUCAAAGAAACUAAAACAGAAGUUUUAAAAAAUGUUAAAACGAGGGGAAAAAAGAAAUUGGAAAAUAGCACUAUAGUUGACAAAGGUCCAAUACAAAUUAAAUUGGAUAAGUUUUGUCAAAUAGAUAUAGUCAAAAAACCCAUAAAAGAAAAGAAGACUAAAUUUUAUCUAGAAAAACCCAAACAAAUUCAUCAGGCCACACAACUAGAAAUAAAUCCUGAUAAACCUGAAAAAUUCAUAAGACCAAAAAAAUAUGUAAACUAUGCAGAAAUAUCACAAAACGAAUCUUCCAUGAACAAAAACCCCCCAAAACCAGCAGAAAAUAAAAUACCUGUGUACAGACAACAAGAAGCUAAAGUACACAAUGAUAAUAUUGAAGAUGACACAUAUGAAUUUGAUUCAGACAGUGAGAAAAAGAGAAUCCCCAAAAAAGUACCCAAGAAACGUAAAAAAGUCAUAAGAAAAGUCGACAAAAAUGAUACAAAUUCCUAUGAUAAAAACAUGGAAGUAGUCAUGGAAAGACUUAAGACCAAAAUAAAUAAACAAAAAGUUAAAUUUCUUGAUGAAAAACCUUCAAAAAAUGUUCCAUAUAAAGAUGAUAUCAUACAUGUGGAAAAGAGUAAAGAAAAAGUACAAAGAAUUGAAACAAAAGUACAUACUAUUGAUGAAAUUGACGAUGAUUUACCCUUUGAAGAAAUUCUGGAACCCAUGGAAGUACAAGAUGAUCCUAUAGAUAUUCCAGUAGACGUUUCCAAUAACUUUGGUUUUGAGGCGGGAGGUGAAUCCCCUGUGAAAUCAAACGACAAAGUUGUGAUCCACCAAAACAUCCUACUAACGUCCGACAAAUCGAUCGGGUCGCCAUCGUUUUUCAACCGAAGACGCCCUAAUGCAAACAGUACCAUGCUUUGCCUCCCCAACAACAGCCCCUGGCGUUUUGGGGGACAAGGGGGGAGAAACCCGCACUUUUUGAAAAUAAAAAAUUCGGCCCUCCCCGCUAUAGAGCAAGACGUGAUUAUGGAUCACACUUUCGAUGAUAAAUUAAAAGAACAUACUAAUAACCAGAGCAGGGCUGCAAGUUUUAAAGUUCCCACACAAAAAAGCAUUGUUAACUUUGUAACAAUUGAACAUACGGUUGUCAAGGAAAAUCUUCAUUCAAACAGCCUUUUCGAUGUCGACCAAUUGAGCCCUCUAAAAAAUAAAUCAAAUUCCCCCAGAAAAAUAUUAGGUGAUAGAAACACAGUUAAUUCGACGCCGCUGCGAGGCGCAGUCAAUAGGAUUCAACAACCAGAUCUCUCUAUGAUCCACCCAAAUAAUGAAAAUUCAGGGGAAAAAGAAAACUCCCUGUUUGGUUUUUCCAAUUUGGACGACAGUGUUGGAGAAAACAACCAGGAAAAUCCCCUGGCGAAGCCGUUUAGAUUCAAUAUAGAUCGUAUAAAAAAGUACGCCAGAAGGAAGAAGAAAGUGGUUAAAGUCAUCGAAGAACCAGAGGUAAUACCAGAAGUAAAUGAAGAAAUUAUUCAUUCUGAGGAAUCUCAGGAAGAUGACUACGCCGAUGUAAGGCUAUUUGAAGAUCCCGAAAAACAGGAAAUUAAAGAAAUUACGUUACCUACAAGGAAGCGAACUAAAAUUAUGUGUUUGUCGCCAGGAAAGAAGAAGAAAGCAAAGAAACAAAAAGAGGAUCCCGCCUAUACAAAAUGGGUUAAAGACAUGAAUUCCACUUUUGCGGAAAUUGACAAUUUUGAACUAGAAGUGGAAUAACUUUUUUAUUUUUUGUUUUGUUUAUUUUUUACAUUUUAGCUUUACUUAGUGUGUAUUAUUAUCAUUAUUACCUAUUUAUAUGAAAUAAAUUAUAUAUUUUG